AUGAUGUUGCUCAAACUGAUCCUUCUCCUGGUAGCAUUCGUCUCCACAGCCAUCUCAUAUGGGAACCCUGGCGCAUGCUCAAACGCUUGCAACGUCCACGAUCCAGCGGUAAUACGCCGUGACUCUGACGGAACCUACUUCCGAUUCUCUACCGGUAACAAGAUCCAAAUCGCGACCUCCUCGUCACUUUCUGGACCAUGGACUAUCAAAGGUAGUGCUCUCUCCAUGGGGUCCAAGAUCAACCUUGCCGGUAAUCAGGAUCUUUGGGCCCCGGACGUGACGAAGGUCGGGGAUAAUUACUAUCUCUACUACUCUGUCUCCACCUUCGGUUCUCAGGAGAGCGCUAUCGGAGUUGCCACUUCGAAGACUAUGGACCCCGGGACCUGGACGGAUUAUGGGCGUACAGGAGUUGUUAGUCACGCCGGCAGUGCAUACAAUGCUAUUGACGGCAACGUUGUGCUUGCUGGGGAUGGCUCUUACUAUAUGUCCUUUGGGAGUUUCUGGGGCGAUAUAUAUAACGUUCCCAUGAACAAUCCACCACUCACUGCCUCGGGUAGUUCCACCAGGAUUGCGUAUAAUUCCACCGGAUCACAUGCCAUCGAGGGCUCAUUUAUAUGGUAUCGGAGUCCGUACUACUACCUCUUCUUCUCUGCCGGGACCUGCUGUGGAUAUGAUUCCAACCGGCCGGCUCCAGGCAUGGAAUACAGAAUCAAUGUCUGCAGAUCCACUUCUGUAAAUAGAGAAUAUGUCGAUAAGAACGGUGUAUCGUGCACUGCCAAAGGGGGAAGCACCGUCCUUGCCUCGCAUGAUAAUGUCUACGGUCCUGGUGGGCAGGGUGUAUUCCUUGAUAACGUUUCCGGUGGCGAGGUUCUUUACUACCACUACGUCGACACUACGAUUGGAUAUGGAGAUGGCCAGAAGAGGUUCGGUUGGAAUCUUAUUAAUUGGAGUACCGGCUGGCCUGUGGUUUAG